AUGCGGAAUGAGUUCAAAUAUUAUGACUAUUUAACAAGACUAGAAACAGGAAUUUCAACUGAUCCCGUGAAAAAUACAAUCUCAGCAUCAAAGGAAUGGUGGGAUGAGAAAAUAAAGGAAUAUAAAGAGUAUGCUAAGUUUAAGGAUAAGAAUUUGGAUGUAUAUCAGACAUAUUACGAGGCUUUAUUUCGGGAUACUGUAGCUGUUGGAGACAAGGCUAAGGUACUUUGCGAAUUUGGCGACGGUAGCACUCCGGAUGAUGUACAAUUUGUGGAUAUUACGGAUGGAAAAGAGGAUACUGACGAAGUCCUCUUAUUUGAUGAUGUUGAUCCUUUUCUCACAUUUGAUAGUUCUAGAAACUCGUCAUAUGAAGAGAAACUGGAUACUGUUUUUGAUGUUUUGUUAACAAGGAGCACUCAACCCUCAAGACAAACCACACAGUCACCCACAAUAGAAGAAUGCAUGGCAAUUGUCUCUACUUUCCCAGGUUUUGAAGAAGGCUCAAUAGGAUAUUUAAAAGCAUUAGAGGUCUUUUUAAAGAAGCCAGCUCGUCAGAAUUUUAUGGUUCUAAAGACUAAUGAAACAAAUAUGGAGUUUCUCAAAAGGCUUAUAGAGAAAGAGAAGUAG